AUGACCCAGGAUUCAAUAAAGGAGGAAACUAAAAAACCAGAGCCUGAACCGUGCUUCUGGGAAAGCGAACUGUAUUUUAAGCAGUAUUUCAGGGACAGGAGGAAUAAGGAAUUUCAAUACUACGAUGACUCAAGCAUCUUUAGGUAUCUUUUUUUUAGCUGGGCCAACAACUGGGUUAUCCUGCUCACCAAAAACUAUGUUGAUCCCUAUAGACUACACCCUCUUCCAGUAUCAGACCAGGUGCUUAAGUGGAUUCCAAUAUUCUCUAAACACGUCAGUGACGGUUUAUUUGAAAUGGAAUCACGCCUAAGAUUUAACGCCAAAGGCAAAGUUAAGGCUCGUUCUAACAAAUCAAUAAUGCUGCGAGCCCUGUUUCUAACGAUUUGGAAAAGAGGCUUAUGGCUUAUCAUUGGUUUAAUAGCAGUUAACAUCCUGAGUAUGAGUAUCGCAAUCCUGGUUAAAAAGUUACUAGAGCUGCUGAAUGAUAAGUUGCUCUGUAUUAUCCACUACCUGACUUCGAUCUCAAUUUUUGAGCAUGGGUUAUCUCAUAGGCGGAGGUUUUCAAAUAACAUAAACGGUUCUAAUUCGUUGAAUGUGUGCAACCAGGUUCUUCACAGUUGUUCACCUGACUCUGAGUGUUCUAAAAAUCCUCUGUUCUGCCCAGCUCUACGUUACCAAAGCAAGGGCAUUAACGCGCAAAUGUACGCUUUUGAGUGGAACGAUUGUUAUAACGUUUCUGAACUUUUUGAUUCAAUCAAAUACUUGAUCGAAUUUUUAUGCACCUUCUUUUAUGGCAUAUUUCUACUUUCCUACCAACUUAAACUGAAACUAUGGGUGCUAUACAUAAUAGGAAUUUGUUUCGUUUUUGCCAUGAUUAUUGUAGAAAUUCUCAACGCCUACUUGUAUAGCAAGUGCGACAACAUCUUUUCACACUUGAACGUGAUCAAGAAAACCUUUUACGACGACAUCGGAAUUAAUGUUAUCAUUCAAAGCCGAAACACAGAGAUUUCCCUGUUCUUUUUAAGGUUUUUUUUGACGCUUUUCAACAUGACUCUGUUUAUAACGUGCACUAAUUUGUCGUUUUAUGUUAUUCAAUCUCAUUUUGUUAAAUCAGUAAACGCUGCUUCGGUUAUUACUGAUAUUGACACUGCGGGAUUCAUGACAACCUUUUACAUAUUUUUGAGAAUUAUUACUUCGAUGUUUCUGGUACCCACUGCCAUAAAGGUGUUCGGUAUGUCGUACGUGUCAUUUAAAAGGAUGGACAAGUAUUUUAAAACCUGUUCUCCCAACUUCUAUAUUACUGGGAACCCAUACACUGGUUCCACUAAAACUGCCACUGUGAUAGCGGAUACGACUAACCAAAUACCUAACGAUGUCGUUGUUUAUUUCAAGGAUGCCACAUUUACAUGGGUCAACACACGCGACGACCUACUAAACAAGAACUAUGAACCUUAUUUGAAAAAUAUAAACUUUGAGUUAAAACGUGGCGAAAUAGCCAUUGUCACUGGUUCUAAAGGCUCUGGGAAAUCAAACUUUUUAAAGUCGAUCCUUGGUGAGAUGACCCUGGUUGGGGGUUCCAUGGCUGUUGUACCUCUAUACACAUCAAUGCCAAUAUUCUAUGCUUCUGAGGACAUUUUUCUACAACAUGGGACAGUUAGAUCCAACAUUGUAUUUGGUCAUAAGUUUGACGAGCAGUUGUACAACACCGUACUCAAGGCAGUGGAACUUGAGUACGACAUAUCGACCUGGAAGAAGGGUGACCUCAGAGUUCUGUCAGACAACGCACUUUCACUGAGUGGAGGUCAACGUGUACGAAUGGAGUUAGCUCGUGCAGUGUACGCUUACUUGGUGUUCCACAGAGUCAACAAGGAGUAUAACAACAGCCAAUGUUCGUUCUUGAUGUGUUUGGAUUUUUCAUUACACGGGCUUGACCCAUACGUAUCGAAGACAGUAUUUAAUAACCUGUUUAACCUUAAAACUGGGCUAUUGGUUAAUGGUGACCUGUCAGUUGUUUUGACAACAUCAAAACAAUCUCUCCAGUUAUGUGCAAAAAUUUCUGACUUAACUCAGCUGCCCAAUGUCCCUAUUUAUAAUGUCAAGAAAAAUACAUUGCAGUUCACAUCUAAUUUACACGAAUUCAUUGCAAAAAAGGAUACCAUUAACCAUGAUUUCAAGUACUUAUCCUCUAUUAACAAUGACACUUAUCGCAUCAACUAUUUGACCAAUGAUAUUAUCAGCCUCUGCACCUCCAGUUCGAGGACUAGGCUAGGUCGAAGGGAAGAGACUAAAGCCAAGUACUACAAGUCUUUUCAAUCCUUUGUUCAAAACGAUUUGUCUGGGGCUAAAUUGAGACCAUACAUCGUUUUUCUGAAGGGUGCUCCACUCGCAUUCUCACUGUACGCACUGACUACCGUGGCGUUCAACGUCAUGGAUAAUUUAAAGCUUGUUUUAGCUACAAAUUUAUCGGAUCACAUAACAAAGAACAUUGACCAAUUCAACAAUGGGCACUUUGUCAACCUGUCUGAAAUUAAGACACUCAGCAACUCAUCACUAAAUAAAACCACAAUCUUUGUUUCAUCCAUAAUUACAAUAUCCUUCUUGUCGACAGUUUUUUUCUCAAUAUCGACAACCACGUCGUGCCGCAAGAUUCACGAGUACUUAAUUGAUUCAGUUUUCAAAAAUAGUUCAUCACUGAUUAGAAUAAAAAAACAAAUUAAUCAAUUGAUCACGUGCAUAUCAUGUGACAUGUACUCCGUCGACGAGGAGGUUGGCUACUUUCUGUCACUGUGUUUUGUAUAUUCAAUUCAGUUAUUGAUCAGUAUAUUAACUCUGUUUUAUCUGUUCCCAGUGUCCAUACCCCUGGUUAUUCCUGCACUGGUUACAGUUUAUUACUAUGUGCUCAGGAGGCAGAUUCAAUCUUCUAAGUACAUCCACUUCGCCUACAUAGAAAGUGUAUCAAACCUCAUGGCAGUUUACGAAAACUCUAUAUCUGGCUCGUCCAUUUAUAGAAGUUUUACGAGACAAUCAGACCUUGUUAAUAAGGUGCUAGAACACAGGGAUUAUAAAGCCAGAUGCAAAUGCCUGCUAUAUACAGUUGUUGUAUGGUCAUCUGUACUGUUCAAUUGGAUAUUUUCACUAACCACCUUUUUAAUUUUAUUGGCACUUAUUGUUCUGGAUAAGGUCGAUUCACAGAAAUUAAAAGUUGGAUAUUUUGGUUUGGCUCUCUCACUUAAUAUGAAUGUUAUCAAAUAUUUUGAUAAACUGGCUUUAAUGUACUCCAAGUUGGAAAUAGCCGUCUGUUCUGUUCAGCGUUUACAGUAUUUCGUUCCUCCCGGUGAGAAGGUUACUUAUUCCAAGUUUAUAAACACCCAUGAGGAGUACUUAGUUAAUCCUAUCAAUAAAGAGGUCUGUGGCCUCGACAAGAAACAACUGUUGAAACGCAGGGCCAUUGAGUUCAAAACUGAUAACAAGAAGUUUUAUGCUUUGCGACGACUGUUUUACCAUCCCAAAUUACACAUCUUGGAUGUCAACGAUUACCUAACCCAUGAUCGCACAGGUGUCCAGCUGAAUGACGUGUGUGUGUACACUACUGCUGAACUCAACCCAGAAAGUAUGAUUUUGAAACAUGUUUCAGUGUCAGCUGGUAAAUCUGAGAUCAUUGGUAUGGUUGGUAGAACAGGUGCCGGUAAAACCACUCUACUGUCAGUAUUACAGAACAUUGUUAGUAACAGAACUGGUCAAGUAUUGUUGGAUGGUAAAGAUUUGAAUGAUAUCCCCAAGGUAGUCCUUAGACAGAUUAUAGGUGUGUUACCACAACUGCCAUUCGUAUUCAAGGGAUGGACUGUGCGUAGAUUUGUCGAUCCUAGAAGAUUGUUCACUGAUACCGACAUCAACGAUGCCCUGGACAAGUGUGGUCUACUACACUUCGUUAAUGAACUACAGGGUGGUAAGAAACUAGAUACUGUUCUAGUGCACGAGAACCUUGGAAUAUCAAGACGUGGACCGAACUCAGUCAAUCAACCCAAAGUUAACGGGUCUGACCGAAUUUGUACCUCCAGUGAACUUGACUCAUUCGAUGGCCUUGGAAAGUACAGAGAAUCGACUAGAAACCGCUAUGAGAGUGACACUUUACUAUCCAAUACUCAACUGAGGACACUAUCGUUGGCGAGAUUAGUCUUAUACAGGAACUUCUUUAGAAUGAUAGUCGUGGAUGAACCUCCAGAGGAAGACUUGGCUGAAGAGACCAGUUCCAGGUGUGAUGAUCUCGGAGUUCCAAUUUAUGAUCUUCUGAUUAAAUACUUUUGUCACUGUACUACCUUCGUCACAGCACAUGAUGCGAAUGUGUUGAAAAUCUGCAGUUCAAUAUGGGUAGUUCAUGACGGCUGUCUGAUAAGGACUUGUAAAACCAGUGAUAUCCAAGCAAACGAUUCAAUCGCAUCAAUUAUAGAAAACAGUGUAAAAUACACUAAAUAA